AUGGGUUUGGAUAAAAACCCGGCCACUGUAAGACAUUUUCCCAUACCACGAUUCCCUGCCGAGUUGGAUCCUCAACAUGCAGCAUCUGCGACCGCUGUCCGAUCAGCAAUGGACCCCAUUAUACGGUCGGCUCUUCUGUCCGGCACAUCCCUCGACAAUCCGAUUGGUGCGAAGGCGAUGGAACCAGAGCCUGUAUUACCAGCAUCGGACACAACGGCUGCAUGUUUUCAAACUCCACCCACCUCCAAGACGAAACCCGGAAAUGUAGCACGGCAGGUCGGCAGUAGCAACAAGAGGAAGACCGGCAAUGAAGAUUCAGAUGUGGCGGUUAUCUCAGAUGGACCCAAGUCACCUCCACUCUCGAGGUCCAGACAGAAGAGGAAGAACAAGUUCCAAUCAACUGACGAGGACAAAGUUCAUACCGGAACUAUCUUGGUAAAGGAACUUCCGGGCGGAAGUGACAAGGGUGCGUCGGAUACCCGGACAGCCGUACAGGAUCGUCCUCUUGUUUGCAAACAGUUUGUACCAUCCGAGCGUAUUGGGUAA